UAACGCCCUUUGGUUCAUGCAUAUAACCCACGAACAGAAACACAGCUCUAGAUCCUUCAUGAAUCAAAUGGAAAUUGCCAACACAAAUAUCAUCUCAAAACAUGCCAAAUGGAAGCGCUGGAAACCUCCAUUGUCUUCCAUAUUUAAACAAACACUUUCAUUCCGUCCAAAUCAUUUUUCAACACCCACUAACAGCUUAGCCAGACACUCGAAGAACAAUUCAUAGCAUCGAAGCCUAUCCAUCUUUCAAAGCCAGGUGACCUAUUUUACAAAACAAGAUGUCCCCUGCCUUAUCUCUAUCUAUUUCCCUCCCUCCAAUUUGCAAAUCCAAAGACCCAACAACAAAGGAUAUUUUCCUACCAAAGAACAGUAGUAGAGACAAACCAUGUCCCAGAUCAAAUCCCUCAUAUUUUAAAGUCGGCAGGAGAGACUUGCUAAAUUCUUCUUCAGCCUUGGGCUUAAUAGGAGGAGGGCUCUCUGUUUCUCGGCCCGCGAGAGCCGAGCCAGAGAGCCCAGUUGAAUCAACUUCAAAUAGAAUGACUUACUCAAGAUUCUUGAAGUACAUAGAUGAAGGUGCUGUGAAGAAGGUAGACCUGUUUGAGAAUGGAACGGUUGCUAUCGCAGAGAUCUUCAAUCCAACAUUGGACAAGUUUCAGAGGGUCAAGAUUCAGCUACCUGGAUUGCCACAAGGAUUGUUGAAGAAACUCGAAGAACAGAACGUGGAUUUCGCAGUUCAUCCAAUGGAAAUGAACUGGUGGCCUGCGAUAUUGGACUUUUUAGGAAACUUUGCUUUCCCAUUGAUAUUGCUUGGCUCAUUACUGUUAAGAUCUUCAUCCACAAAUACACCAGGAGGUCCAAACUUACCUUUUGGACUUGGAAGGAGCAAAGCAAAAUUUCAGAUGGAACCCAAUACAGGGGUGACAUUUGACGAUGUGGCAGGAGUUGAUGAAGCAAAGCAAGAUUUCCAAGAGAUUGUGGAGUUUUUGAAAACCCCAGAAAAGUUUUCUGCAGUUGGUGCAAGAAUUCCAAAGGGGGUUCUACUAGUUGGGCCACCUGGGACUGGUAAAACUCUGCUGGCCAAAGCCAUUGCUGGAGAAGCAGGGGUUCCUUUCUUCUCUCUGUCAGGAUCAGAGUUCAUAGAGAUGUUUGUUGGAGUUGGGGCUUCCAGAGUGAGGGAUUUAUUCAACAAGGCAAAAGCCAAUUCGCCAUGCUUAGUUUUCAUUGAUGAAAUAGAUGCUGUUGGGAGACAGAGAGGAACAGGGAUUGGUGGAGGAAAUGAUGAGAGAGAGCAAACACUGAACCAGUUGCUGACUGAAAUGGAUGGAUUUACUGAGAAUAGUGGAGUGAUUGUGAUUGCGGCUACUAAUCGCCCUGAAAUUCUUGAUUCUGCUCUGCUCAGGCCUGGGAGAUUUGACAGACAAGUUAGUGUUGGAUUGCCAGAUAUAAGAGGAAGAGAAGAGAUACUGAAGGUGCAUAGCAAGAACAAGAAGCUGGACAAGGAUGUUUCUCUGAGUGUAAUAGCAAUGCGAACAUCAGGAUUCAGCGGUGCAGACCUUGCCAACCUUAUGAAUGAAGCUGCCAUUCUUGCUGGAAGAAGAGGCAAAGACAAGAUAACAAUAAAAGAAAUCGACGACUCCAUUGAUCGAAUUGUGGCAGGAAUGGAAGGAACCAAAAUGACAGAUGGGAAGAGCAAAAUUCUCGUGGCUUACCAUGAAAUAGGCCAUGCCGUCUGCGCCACAAUGACUCCAGGCCAUGAUCCGGUACAGAAAGUCACCCUUAUUCCCAGAGGCCAAGCUCGCGGUCUAACAUGGUUCAUACCAGGUGAAGAUCCAACUCUCAUCUCUAAGCAACAACUAUUUGCUAGAAUAGUUGGAGGCCUAGGGGGUAGGGCUACAGAGGAAGUCAUUUUUGGUGAACCAGAGACUACAACUGGAGCAUCAGGGGACUUGCAACAGGUCACGCAGAUAGCAAGACAGAUGGUGACAAUGUUUGGGAUGUCUGAAAUUGGACCGUGGGCAUUGACAGAUCCGGCGGUUCAAAGCGGCGAUGUAGUGCUGAGAAUGCUAGCAAGAAAUUCCAUGUCAGAGAAACUUGCAGAGGAUAUUGAUUCCUCGGUACGACGUAUAAUUGACAGUGCAUAUGAGAUUGCAAAGAAACAUGUAAGGAAUAACAGGGAAGCCAUAGAUAAAUUAGUGGAGGUGCUUUUAGAAAAGGAGACCCUCACAGGAGAUGAAUUCAGAGCAAUCCUGUCUGAAUUUACUGAUAUCUCUUCUAUAGAGAAGAUGAUAGACAGGACCUCUAUCCGGGAAUUGAUAGAAGCCUAGACAGAAAAAAUAUCAUGUAAAUUCUUAAUAUCUAUUUUGCUUUUUACAUUUUACAGAUUAUACUAUGGAAUUGUAGAAGAUAGUAAACUAACAAAGAAAUUUAUGCUGAAAUGAGAUUCCCUUA